AUGGAAACCGAAUCUCUCAUCAACACCCGCCCCCUCCGCUCCCGUCGCCAAAUCGACCUCUGGCGAGUAUGGGACAUAACCUACCCCUUCCUCGUCGCCAUCUACGUGACCGUCAUUGUCAUCCUUUCCAUAUCCGGCGUUCGCGCCGCUACAAAAGGUCAUCUUUCCGAUCCCGAUUCCAGCACUGCAAACGAUGCAAUUUCCAUCCAAGAGGCAUACCGCGCCCUCCAAUGUCACACGCAACAAACAACAGCCACGCUCCUGUCCUGGACUCCCGUAGGAUUCCUAGGAGCAGACCAGAUCUUCGCCGGGAACGUCAUGCUGGGCUUGGGCAAGAUGCUGGUGGGGACCUUGGCCUUGAUCACCUGGGCGGCGUUCUGGACUAUCGACAAGGAGAAGUAUCCCCUGUGGGCGAUGGAUUUGUUGAGUUUGACGGGUGCGCUGACGGCGCUGUGGCUGUCGUGGGGAGGGUUUGAUGCGGUGGCGUGGGUUUUUGGUUGGGUUUAUGGCGUUCCUGGGUGUUAG